GAUGAAUUACGGACAGCUCUAAUAACGCCAUCUUUCUACAAGUCAACAAUUGACGUCAACGCAACUUCAUCUAGCGCCAGGUCUUUUUACAAACAACUAGAACUACCAUCAACCAUGAGCCGCGGUGCGUUCCUCCUUCCAACUCAAACGCCUAAGUUCGACGCCCCAGACCCUCUCCGCACCCAAUGCGUUGGAGACGGGGCUUCGAAUGGGAGGCAUUUGCGUGUCGGUCGCCGUCAACGAUUUCGUAUACAGCUCCAUCGCACAGGCGACGGGCGUCCUUGUGCACAGUGCAGUCCUGACACGAGUUUAAGACUUCGUUUCGUUCGGAUAGGAGCUUCAGCGGCUAAUUCUGGGAGUGUGCCAGUGACAGUGCGGCCACUAGACGAGUCGAGAGCAUGCUUUUUGGUUGUUAAGGCUUCUGGUUGCAAAACAAGCUAAACAGGAAGUAUAGGUGUAUUUACUCUCGAGUCCUCAACCUCAAAGAAUUAGCUUCAGUUUCAGGUAGAUUUUCCUUGUGACCAAAGUUACCUCACAAGCUCUAAUCUCGAAUACAGCGCGCCUCUACCGGGACUGUACCGUCUAGAGUGCACGCUAACUGGCGAGCAGAAAUUUUUUUUGCGAAAGUCGUCAUCCUCAACGGGAAAAACUCAAGAUCAUGAGGACUUACAGCUACAAGUUCACUCCGGAGAAGCCACUGCACAAAAUAGUAGAGUAGAGAAACAACAGACAUCUUGUUCUUUGUCAUCUUCAUCUUCUACCUCAGUCCAGUACGAAAAUAAGCAGAAAUCAUCUCAACAAGACCUUUUGCACUACUUCAAACUAUCCCAAGUAAACCGUAUCAUAGUGCAAGGAGUCGAUUCAUUUGGGAAUCUCUGUACAACAGGUGGAGACCCUUUCGCAGCACGGGCUAGUGCGGGAAUCGACAUCGGCACUGUUGUGGACUUAGAGAAUGGAAAAUAUGUUGUCGAAUACGUUCCGGAUGCGGAUCGAUUUCAACCGCCAAGACUCUUUGAGGGGCAGAGAGGGUUGGCGAAUAAGGCUGGUCAAGGAGUUAAGAGACUAUAAAAAGUAAUUAUAGUAUUAAAUACAACUACAAGACUAUAUAAGAGUAUGAGGCUAUUAUAUAACUUGUAUUAAAUACAAGGUCCUACUUACAAAACUAAAACGUAUGACUAUGAGAGGCUUCCACCUAUUUGUUCAUCUUGUUUCGUUUAUUGUGAAUUUGGUGUUGUUGUAUCUACUUGUUCAAAGUAAGCCCCUCUAGAGUCAGUCCACAAGGACGUAGUGAAGAAACCAACAACGAAUCAAAGCCUUCUUCCGGUUGCUUUAAUCUAGCGCUUCUGUCGUCCGCAGCUAUCGAAGUUCUUCUGCAUGGAGAGCCGGUAACUGUUGUUCCGUUGAAACUGCAACCACCUGGGUUGUCAUCGAAAGACGCGUUUGAUGAAGAUCUUCGAGAAGUAACAGGUACAACUACAUCUAGAUCAAAGUCUCCUCGAGAACGCGGUGCUGCAGAUGACCACAACAACCCAACCUCCACUGCUACUGCACCGCCAGAUGCUUUACUAGUAUCAGUUGAUCGAUUGAUCGAAGAUGCAGAGCGUACCUUUCCUGAUCCGUUUCCGGAAGUGCUGGCUCAAGGCGGCGCUCAUUUUGCCGCUAUCGAGUUGGACAAAGAAAGAAAACGGUUAGAAAAUUUCCGAGCGACCCUGAAAGCGCAUCAAUCGAAGUUGUUCGAUCUUGCACGCAGUGUACAGUCUGAGUGCCGACGGGCUGCGCAGGAGAGAGCGCAUGUGCAAGUUCGGCAACGAGCUUUAGCUAAGCAACAAGCACAGUUAGAGGCCUUUCAGCAAACGCUGACUGAGAAAGCAAAUAGUUUAGCACAUCGGGAAUCAGAGAUGGCAUUGCAACUCGACUUGAUGGGAAUGGCAGCGGAAAUAGAGAUUAUGGUGAACAACACCUAAGUCGAUCUAGAUCUGACUACUGAACCGGCAAACAUUGACAUUAAUAGAACCGGUUGUUGUUAUACAUAGUACUCGUGAGGAUUCACAUUUGUCCUUGAUGUUGUUCUUGUACUACUAACUUGUAGUCAUGACCUCUCCUGCUGCAAAUCCAAAUUCCCCUUUGUUCAUACUCAAUCCAACCGACAACCAAGAACGAUCGCGGUCUCCCACUGGGCGGGAGCAACUCGCCAGUGUCGCCAAUGCUACUUCUUCCCUACGACACAGAGAGCACGCGUUGAAACAAAAAGAGGACUUCGUAGCAGUAAAAAUUCAGCGGUUGGAGCAGUUGGAGAGGGAGAUGUACUACUCUUUCUUAGUUUUUUCAUCUUCCUUUGGAGCUCUCCCUGAUCCAAUAAAAAAUUAUAAGUACUUAGAUUCUAAAAUCUCAAGACACACACAAACAGCGAUCAUUCAUGAUCAACAAAUUACAGACAUCAAUACGGCCAACAGUGGAAGAACUGAAAAUUGAACACUGAAAAUCUUAAAACAUGAUAAUAGAUGCUUUUCAACGUCCCACGUAUGAAAGCAGCUAGUUAUAUAUGUAUCUAUAAGAAAAAGUAAGCAUCCUUUCGUUUCUGGUGAAGAUACAACUGACCAUCUCCCACAUCUCCCAGGCGCGACGCCUUCGAGGAGCAUGAACGUUCAAGAAACGUCACUCAAUGGCACGAGGCCCUCUUGCGGCAUGAAGGUUCUCAACCUCAAAACGACACUUCUCCUAAAGACGACCAAGAUGUCGUACGCAUAGCCGCCACAGUUGGAGGCCGUAUAGAAGCCAUGCGGAAACGGAGGGAAGAACGCUACGCCAGAGAGAUGGAGGAACACAGGAGAGCAGUCUCUGCGCCAAGAGAAGACGAUGUAGACGCAACAUGGGAUGUGGUUCCAGGAAGGGUGAACGUUGUCCUCAGAGGUGGCAAUAAAAAUGGCAAAGCUCCUCCAGGUGCCUCGAAAGUAGACACCAGCUUCUUGAACGAAAUCCUCAGGGCUUCGCCACCAAAAACAGCACAAUCAUCUUCACAAAUGAAUGCUAAAGACGUAUUAGCUGCACCCGCACGGGCGACAGAAAUUCGUCGAAGUCAGAUAGAGUAUUUUGAACCUUCUCAAAUGAGGAAAAAGACGAGUUCAUGAUUGUUACGCGC